CAAAAAAAUGAAAAUUCAAUCAUCAUUUACUCACCUUCAUGUUGGUCCAAACCUGUAUGACUUACUUUAUUUUAGUGGAACACAGAAGAUGCUGCCUAACAUCUACUUUUGUGUUCCACGCAAGCGAGAAAGUUCAACAGGUUCACUUCACUUUCAACAUGAGGGUGGUCUGAAACUAAUGCCGGGCACUACAGGCAGGAAACAUGCAGCAGAAGCGCAACAUUCAGAUCAUAGAAUGGGAGGACUUGGACAAACGCAAGUUCUACUCGUUUGGAGUCUUCAUGACCAUGGCCAUCCGCACAACGGUCUACCCGGCCACUCUGAUCCGCACCAGGCUGCAGGUUCAGAAGGGGAAGUCUCUCUACACUGGGACCUACGAUGCCUUCCGUAAGAUUCUGAGAGCUGAGGGUCUGAGAGGACUUUACAGGGGCUUCAUGGUGACCACGUUCACGCUCAUAUCAGGGCAGGCGUACAUAACCACUUACGAGCUGGUAAGGAAAUAUGUCUCCAACUAUUCUAAAGACAAUACGCUGAAGUCAUUAGUUGCGGGAGGCUCGGCGUCACUGGUGGCCCAGAGCAUUACUGUUCCCAUAGAUGUCAUAUCGCAGCAGCUUAUGAUGCAGGGCCAAGGGGGGCAUCUGACCCGCUUUAAAGUGAAACCCACAAUGGGAGCAACGCACUCUGUAUUUUUCGGCCAGACGAGAGACAUUAUUGGGCAGAUAUUUGCUGUGGAUGGCAUUCGUGGCUUCUAUCGAGGAUAUGUGGCGUCUCUUCUCACAUACAUCCCCAACAGUGCCGUUUGGUGGCCGUUUUACCACUUCUAUGCAG